AUGGUUGUGAAGGGAAAAGUCGAUAAAGGCGCUAAAAGUGACCUUUCGCUUGUGAGUUUGGAUGAGGCGAUGUUAAUUACUGGAUUCGGCGUGUACAACAUAGUUCAGAUGCUGCUGAGUGGUUUCAUCCUGAUGGGUGUAAUCAUGCAGAGUAUGGUCAUGGGCUACGUGCUACCAGCUGCGCAGUGUGACCUGGACCUCAGUCUGACACAGAGAGGGUGGAUUUCUGCUAUACCUUUCAUAGCUAUAGUCCUAACAUCGUACUUCUGGGGCUGGCUCGCUGACACGCGAGGUCGACGCUUCGUGAUGCUGUUCUCGAUGAUUAUCUCAGCCGUCUUCUCGGCUUUGGCAAGUUUUGCGCCUGAGAUCUACUCAUUUGCUGUGUUAUCCUUCAUUUCGGCAAUAUUUAUGUCUGGUCCAUCGGCGGUGGUGUACACGUUUUUGGGCGAGUUCACAAAUCUUCGUCAUCGUGACAAGAUUGUCACGUUUGGUUCAUCAUUCGUGGGCAUCGGGACCGUCGUGUUACCUGCAAUAUCGUGGUUAGUUUUUCCACUGGAAUUUUCCUAUCCAAUCGACUUCCUGAAUAUCAACUACCGUCCGUGGAGGCUGAUGAUAGUGACUUCCACCCUGCCUUUCAUCAUCGGUACCGUAUUUUUAUUAUUGGCUCCGGAGAGUCCAAAGUUUCUUUGUGCAUCUGGAAAGUUAGAAGAAUGUUUGGUUGUUCUGAGGAGAAUGUACGCUAUCAAUAGGAGAUUGCCUGAAGAUACAUAUCCAGUAAAAUCUUUAAUACCCGAGACGCACGCUUCUGAAACUAAAAAGAGCACGGGUAUCGCUGCGAUACUUACUUCGAUGAAAGAACAAACAACGCCGCUGUUUAAGCCGCCGCUCCUUCCGUGGACCUGCCUCACGUGCUUCGUGCAAUUCGGAAUAUUUGCCACGACAAACGGCUUCUAUAUCUGGUCUCCGACUAUCUUGAACGCUAUCAUCAGCCACGAAGGAAAUGAGACCAGGAUCUGUGAUGUGAUGGACGCGGUUAAUGUCCAAGCAUCCGAAAAUAGCACUGAGAUAGUCUGCAACGACGCUAUCAACACCACCACCUUCGAACUAUCCAUAUACUUGGGUCUGGUGUUCUGCUCGAUGUACAUCAUCGUGGGAUUCCUCGUUGACUUCCUGGGGAAGAAACUGAUCCUGGUGAUAGUACUGGCGGGUACUGGGUUGUGUGGGAUUGGAUCCCAUCUCUCCUAUAACCAACAAGCCGCGGUAGUUCUCUUCGCAGUACUUCAGAUGUGUGGAGCUUGUAUUGGUCUCAUGAAUGCGGUUACGGUGGAACUCUUCCCGACAAAAUACAGGGCGAUGGCUGUCUGCCUGUCCAUGAUGAUGGGUCGGGUGGGCUCCAUGACCGGCAGCAACCUCGUGGGGUUGUUCCUGGCAACCAACUGCGGGGCCAGUUUCUACCUUUUCGCGAGCAUUGUUAUUGUUUGCUCAAUAUGCUGUCUGUUCGUACCCGGCAAGAACAAGGGACCGGGAAACACGAAACCCAGGGAAGUUGAAACGAAGACUGAAACACAGGAACCGGUGUGAAGUACUUGAAUUUGAAUCUCAACUUCAACUUCCUGUGGCAUGUGUUCAAGAUGUAAAUAAUUUUAUAUUUAUAACGAAGCCGUUCGAGGCGCGAGUGUGAAACUCAUAAAUUAGAAAAAUAAACGCUUAUACUGUCGUGUUAAGGUAAAGAGCGGUAACCGUA